AAUAUAAUGUUUGAGAUAUGAAAGAGACAUUAAGCCAAAAAUGAGGGACUUAAAAAAAAAACUUACCCCAACAUUUUUCAUUCGAAAUUUUCGACCGUUGGGGCCCGUUGUAAGGACAGUGAUAACCGUUGAUGUUCCAAAAACUGAAAAUUUUCUUACAAAAACCUCAGACAAAUCCUUGUCUGAAAACAAUCAACCCCCCCCCCCCCCCCCCCCCCCACCAAAAAAAAAUAAAUCAUGGGUUGUGUAUCAUCGAAGCUGUAUCGAAACGAAUUCAAGAAAGUUGAUGACAUUGAUCAUGUUGUGUGUUUAACUUCAAGCACAUAUGGUGUAUUGAAUCUUGAAAAAGAUUCGAGUUUUACGCGAAACCCACUUCCCUCUAUCAAGAAAGUUGUUAAAGAAAUCAAGAAAUCACCACCCCAUGAUGAAUCAUGUGAAGUUAUCAAUGCCUGGGAACUCAUGGAAGGUCUUGAUGAAGAAGUUGUUGUUUCAAAUUCCAAGAUUAGCCCAAAAUCUCGAGGUUUUCUUCGUGGAUUUGGCGAUGUUGAUGCUCGUAGCCCGUUGAAAUUCUUGAAUCAGAUGAGCUCACCGCGAAAAUUCAAGAAGUUUGGAGGUAAAGAGAAUAAAGGGGGUAGAGGUAAUGGAGUUAAUGUAGCUAAUGUGGUUGAUUUUAGCCCCAAAAAUGCAUCGAAAAUGUCUAAUGUGGUUGAUUUUAGUCCCAAAAAUGUAUCGAAAAGGUCUAAUGUGGUUGAUUUUACCUCCAAAAAUGUAUUGAAAAUGUCACCAAGAUUGAAUUUUUCGAAGAAGGGAAGUCCGAAUGAGGUGAAAUGUGAUAGUUUGAAGGUUGAUUCUGUUGUGGUAUCGACGAGGAGGAGGAGUUUAAGUCCAUUAUUCGAUCCACAGCUCGUGGAAGUAUUCGAGAAAGAGCUAUCUGAAGAAGAAGAACAGAUCAAGAAAAUGGUGCCAGCUACGCCAAUUUCGCGAAAAGCUAGGAGUUCACAGGAGGCAGAGACGAUGCUUGAGUUAUUCGAGAAGAAAUGCCCACCGGGCGGUGAGAAUGCUGUUGUAAUCUAUACAACUACAUUGAGGGGUAUUAGGAAGACAUUUGAGGAUUGCAACACUGCUAGAGCUAUACUCGAAUCGAAUGAUACACGUGUAGUUGAGCGUGAUAUAUCGAUGCAUUCGGGGUAUAAGGAGGAACUAAGAGGACUAAUGGGGAAAAAAGAGGUGAAAGUUCCUGUGGUGUUUGUUAAAGGGAGGUUGAUUGGUGGAGCUGAUGAAAUGUUGAAGUUAGAAGAGGAGGGUAAAUUGGGAAUUUUACUCGAUGGGAUCCCGAGGGCAGUUGCCGCGUGCAAUGGCUGCGCGGGGAUCCGGUUCGUCAUGUGUAUGGACUGCAAUGGGAGUAGAAAAAUGUUGGCUAAGGAUGGAAAGUGUACUGUCAAAUGUGGAAAGUGCAAUGAAAAUGGUUUGAUCCAAUGUCCAAUUUGUUGUUAAUUUGCUCAUUGUUUGUGUGUUUAGUACUAACUACAAUUCUUUCAUGAUUUGUAGUAGUAUAUUAGUGUUUGCAAGUUUGUAAUUUGAAAUGGCUAUGAUUCAUUGUUUGAUCAUUUA